AUGGCCCGCGAGUUAUGUGGUCGCCGCCUGCUGGUCUGUCUGACCCUGGCCGUGGCUGCUUGUCUGCUCCGCAUCACGGGUCCCAAGAACGGCUGGCUGCCUUGGACUCCGAACGUCGAAGCAGAGGCCAGCUCGCAGAGCUGGGUCGCAGAAGCCGAGGCGCCCGAGCCGAGUCCGAAGCCUGGCUCCGAUGACCCGCCGAGGCCGACUCUGAUGGCGGCAGCAGCAAGGACCUCGAUGGCCAACUUCACCUUCCAUGGCGAUGGAUUUUGCGAUUCUGGCUACUACGCAGGUUGGGGCGCAGCUGAGUCUCGGAGUUUGGAGAGCUGCAAGAUAGCCUGUUCUGCGGACCCCUCUUGCACCUUCAUCUCCUUCAAGGAAGGCAUCACCUGUUCUCGCUUUGAUGCGACAGCGGGCACUUGCCGUCAGUUGCAGAGCCCCAAGGACGGCUACUCGACCUACCAGAAAGUCUGGGAAUGUGACUGGUCCCAUGCGGAGCUGCUGAAAGGCUAUCGCUGCAUUGAAAAUUUCGAGAAUUGGAAGGGUGGCUCGAAAGAGGCCAUGCUUAGCUUCUGCAGCUCCACAUCCUUCUGCAAGGGACUCCACUGGCUCCCCGACAAGGCCUCGGACCAGAUCCAUAACAUCUCCAAGGGCUGGUUUCAGGCCUGCGCCAACACCGGCCCGAAAUGGUUCAUGGGCCCUUGGUACACGCUGGUGAAGCCCCCGAGCUGCACCUCACCGGCAGACCAGAGGCCCCUGAGCAAAACCUCCAUCCCCGGCUUCUGCGCAACGGCGCAGACGCCUUUUGGCCCUGCGCCGGCCUCGAACACCGUAGACCUCGUGGUCGCGGCCUUCAACGAGAAUCUGAGCUACUUGGAGCCGAUGAUGUCCAUGGCCCCGGACGCGAAGCUGAAGCUCUACUGCUCUGGCAGCGAAAGCCUCGAUCCUCGAUGCAUCCCACUGCCGAACCUCGGUGGCGAGAAUGCGGUGUAUCUACAUCACAUAGUCCAGAACUACGAUUCCUUAGCGGAUAUCACUGUCUUCAGCGUCGGCAGUAUCAUGCGAAACGAGAACAAUCAGCUUCUUUGCAGGAAGCUCAACUAUCUCAUGACACAGCUACGACCAGCCACUCGUGGAUUGUUUGGCAAUUUUUCCACUAUGGCCCACACGUUUGAAGGAGAGUUCAAUCCUUUCAACCCUGCCUUUGACAUUGUGACGUAUGUUUCGCAGAAAUGGGGCAUGAUCCGGCUUUGCAAUGCUUCCAUGCGCCCUCUUGGUACGUGGUACCAGAACUUCGUUGAGCAGGAUCUGAUCCGGCCAACGUGUGCCGGGGUUCUCUUCAACGGCAUUUUUGCGGUCCGUGCGGAGCGCUUGCGCCGAUGGCCGAAAUCAAAAUACCAGAGCCUGCUGGCUGAAAUGAGCCGCUGUGGGGACCUGCGCUCCGUUGCGGACCACUACAUGGAGCGAAGUUGGAAGGCGAUGCUUGAGGAUGAUGUAAAGGCGCCACAAACAACCCGAGGCAGCAACAGCUGUCCGAUCCAAAACUUGAUUCUCCAGCAUUGCCUGCAGAAGCACAAUGGCGACAAGGGGAGAUGUCCUAAACCAAGCGGGAACUACUGA